AUGGCAUCCUUCGAAUCGUGGCAGUCGCCGCUCUCCUCGCGCUAUGCGUCCAAGGAGAUGUCCGGUCUCUUCUCCAAUGCCACCCGUUUCUCCACCUGGCGCGAACUUUGGCUCAACCUUGCCAUCGCCGAGCGCGAGCUCGGGCUCGACAUCCCAGCCGACGCCAUCGAGCAGAUGCGCGCCAACCUCACUCUCGAUGAGCGUCAGAUGGCCUUGGCGGCCGAAGAGGAGAAGAAGCGACGUCACGACGUGAUGGCGCACGUGCACGUGUUUGGGCUUGUCGCACCCAAAGCGGCGGGUUUCAUCCAUCUGGGUGCUACGUCGUGCUACGUGACGGACAAUGCGGAUCUGAUCUUUUUGCGCAAAGGGUUGGAUCUGUUGUUGCCCAAGCUGGCGUUGGUGAUCGAGAGACUGGGGGCGUUUGCGGAGAAACACAAGGCAUUGCCCACGUUGGGAUUCACCCAUAUGCAACCGGCGCAGUUGACGACGGUUGGGAAGCGCGCGACGCUGUGGAUCCAAGAACUCCUGUGGGAUCUGCGCAACAUCCAGCGUGCGAGGGACGAUCUCGGAUUCCGCGGUGUUAAAGGUACCACGGGUACCCAGGCUUCCUUCCUCGCGCUGUUCGAUAAUGAUCACGCCAAGGUCGAGGCCCUCGACGAGAGGGUGACGGAGCUCUUCGGUUUCCCGUACGCCAUGCCGGUCACCGGUCAGACGUACUCCCGCAAGAUCGACAUUGACGUCCUCAACUCUCUCGCUUCUUUCAGCGCAUCCGCGCUCAAGAUGGCGACGGACAUCCGACUGUUGUGUCACCUCAAGGAGGUGGAGGAGCCGUUCGAGAAGGACCAGAUUGGAUCCAGUGCCAUGGCGUACAAGCGCAACCCGAUGCGAUCCGAGCGCGUGUGCGGUCUCGCCCGUUGGUUGGGCAACGCGGUCAACUCGGCUCGUGAGACCGCCGGUGCACAGUGGAUGGAACGUACGCUGGACGACUCGGCCAACCGCCGCCUCUCCAUCCCCGAGGCCUUCCUCACCGCCGACGUCAUCCUGACCAUCCUCCAGAACGUUUCGGAGGGUCUCGUCGUCUACCCCGCCAUCAUUGCGCGCAGGAUUCAGUCCGAACUGCCCUUCAUGGCUACGGAGAACGUUAUCAUGGCCAUGGUCCGUGCCGGGGGUGACCGUCAGGAAUGCCACGAACGCAUCCGUGUGCUCUCCCACCAGGCCGCCGCCCAGGUCAAGGAACACGGCAAGGAGAAUGACCUUAUUGCAAGGAUCAAGGACGAUCCGUACUUCCAGCCUGUCCUGAACCAGAUGGAUGCCUUGUUGGAUCCCAAGUCGUUCACGGGUAGGGCUGAGCAGCAGGUCGACAGCUUCUUGGCCAAAUGGGUCCAGCCCGCGCUUCAGCCUUACCAGGCCGCCAUCAGCGGUGCUGGCAAGGCCGAGCUGUCCGUCUAA